AACUACCACAACAACUACUACAAUUAUCUAACUACUACAACAACUACUCCAACUACCACUAACACCACCCCAACUACUACUACCACAACUCCAACUACCACAACAACUACUCCAACUACCACAACAACUACUCCAACUACUACAACAACUACUCCAACUACCACAACAACUACUCCAACUACCACUACCACAACCCCAACUACCACAACAACUACUCCAACUACAACUACUCCAACAACUACUCCAACUACUACAACAACUACUCCAACUACCACAACAACUACUCCAACUACUACAACAACUACUCCAACUACCACAACAACCACUCCAGCUACAGCAACUACUCCAACUACCACAACCCCAACUACCACUACCACAACAACUACUCCAACUACCACUACCACAACCCCAACUACCACAACAACUACUCCAACUACAACUACUCCAACAACUACUCCAACUACCACAACAACUACUACAACUACUCCAACUACCACAACAACUACUCCAACUACCACUACCACCACCCCAACUACUACUACCACAACUCCAACUACCACAACAACUACUCCAACUACCACAACAACUACUCCAACUACUACAACAACUACUCCAACUACCACAACAACUACUCCAACUACCACUACCACAACCCCAACUACCACAACAACUACUCCAACUACAACUACUCCAACAACUACUCCAACUACUACAACAACUACUCCAACUACCACAACAACUACUCCAACUAUUACAACAACUACUCCAACUACCACAACAACCACUCCAGCUACAGCAACUACUCCAACUACCACAACCCCAACUACCACUACCACAACAACUACUCCAACUACCACUACCACAACCCCAACUACCACAACAACUACUCCAACUACAACUACUCCAACAACUACUCCAACUACCACAACAACUACUACAACUACUCCAACUACCACAACAACUACUCCAACUACCACUACCACCACCCCAACUACUACUACCACAACUCCAACUACCACAACAACUACUCCAACUACCACAACAACUACUCCAACUACUACAACAAAUACUCCAACUACCACAACAACUACUCCAACUACCACGACCACAGCUCCCACUACUACCAGCACAACUCCCACUACAACAACUCCUACUACUACAGUUGAUCCCUGUAAGGGAAUGACGAGCGGGCUGGUCUCCAAUCCCAUAGACAUUGGUUCUUAUUACAGCUGUAGCCCUGAUGGAGCGUUCCUCCAAACAUGUUCAAAGGGAUUGGAAUUCAAGAAAGAAACCAGUCUCUGCCUGAUCAUCGCCAGCUUCGGCUCUUCCGAAAGGCUGGUGUGUUACUUUAACAGCUUGGCCGAAGAUAGACCAGACGCCGGGAAGUUCACGAUUGAGGAUAUCGAUCCGAACAAAUGUACCCAUCUGAUCUACGCCUUCUCUGACAUCAAUGAAUUCAAUGAGCUGGUCCCCACUAGAAGAGCAGAAAUAUUUCGCUAUCAGUUGUUUAAUGGGCUCAAAACCAGGGACCUGGAUUUCCUCAAUGUGCUGACGUAUGACUUUCACGGCCCCUGGGAAAAUGUCACAGGACAUCACAGUCCCUUAUACGUGGGAUCCCAAGAUACUGGAGACAAAAUCUACUAUAAUACUGACUCUGCCAUGCAGUAUUGGUUGGACACGGGAGCACCUGCACAAUUGCUAAAUUUGGGACUAGCUGCAUAUGGGCGAGCUUUUUCCCUCUCCUCUGCAUCCAGUGAUGUUGGAGCUCCAGCCAGCGGCCCUGGUGAAGAAGGCUGCUACACUGGUGAAGAAGGAUUCUGGGCCUAUUAUGAGACUACUCCAAUGACCACAACUCCAAUGACCACAACAACUACUCCAAUGACCACAACUCCAACUACUACAACAACUACUCCAACUACCACUACCACUACCACAACUCCAACUACCACAACAACUACUCCAACUCCAACUACUCCAACUACCACAACUACUCCAACUACCACUACCACAACCCCAACUACCACUACCGCAACUCCAACUACCACGACCACAACCCCAACUACCACUACCACAACCCCAACUACUACUACAACUACUCCACCUACCACUACCACAAUGCCAGCUACCACUACCACACCUCCAACAACCACAACUACUCCAACUACCACAACCACAACUCCAACUACCACAACAACUACUCCAACUACCAUGACCACAGCUCCAAUGACCACAACCACAACUCCAACUACCACAACAACUACUCCAACUACCACGACCACAACCCCAACUACCACUACCACAACUCCAACGACCACAACUCCAACUACUACGACAACUACUCCAACUACCACAACUCCAACUACCACAACCCCAACUACCACUACCACAACUGCAACGACCACAACAAUUACUCCAACUACGACAACCACAACUCCAACUACCAUGACCACAAGUCCAACUACCACUACCACAACCCCAACUACCACAACCGCAACUCCCAUGACCACAACUCCAACUACCACUACUACCACUACCACAACUCCAACUACCACUACAACAACUCCAAUGACCACAACUACUCCAACUAGCAUGACCACAACUCAAACUACCACAACCCCAACUACUACUACAACUACUCCACCUACCAUUACCACAAUGCCAGCUACCACUACCACACCUCCAACCACCACAACUACUCCAACUACCACAACCACAACUCCAACUACCACAACAACUACUCCAACUACCAUGACCACAGCUCCAACGACCACAACCACAACUCCAACUACCACAACAACUACUCCAACUACCACGACCACAACCCCAACUACCACUACCACAACCCCAACUACUACUACAACUACUCCACCUACCACUACCACAACACCAGCUACCACUACCACACCUCCAACAACCACAACUACUCCAACUACCACAACCACAACUCCAACUACCACAACAACUACUCCAACUCCAACUACUCCAACUACCACAACAACUACUCCAACUACCACUACCACAACCCCAACUACCACUACCACAACUCCAACUACCACAACAACUACUCCAACGACCACAACCACAACUCCAACGACCACGACUCCAACUACUACAGCAACUACUCCAACUACCAUGACCACAGCUCCAAUGACCACUACCACAACUCCAACUACUACAACAACUAUUCCAACUACCACAACCACAACUCCAACUACCACAACCCCAACUACCACUACCACAACUGCAAUGACCACAACAACUACUCCGACUACGACAACCACAACUCCAACGACCACAACUACUACUCCAACGACCACAACCACAACUCCAACUACUACAGCAACUACUCCAACUACCACUACCACAACCCCAACUACCACUACCACAACUCCAACUACCACAACAACUACUCCAACUACUCCAACUACCACUACCACAACCCCAACUACCACUACCACAACUCCAACUACCACAACAACUACUCCAACUACCACAACAACUACUCCAACGACCACAACAACUACUCCAAUGACCACAACUCCAACUACUACAGCAACUACUCCAACUACCACUACCACAACCCCAACUACCACUACCACUACCACAACUCUAACUACCACAACAACUACUCCAACUCCAACUACUCCAACUACCACAACAACUACUCCAACUACCACUACCACAACUCCAACUACCACAAAAACUACUACAACUACAACUACUCCAACUACAACUACUCCAACUACCACAACAACUACUCCAACUACCACUACCACAACCCCAACUACCAUUACCACAACUCCAACUACCACAACAACUACUCCAACUACCACAACAACUACUCCAACGACCACAACUCCAACUACUACAGCAAGUACUCCAACUACCACUACCACAACCCCAACUACCACAACUCCAACUACCACAACAACUACUCCAACUCCAACUACUCCAACUACACCAACUACCACAACAACUACUCCAACUACCACUACCACAACCCCAACUACCACUACCACAACUCCAACUACCACAACAACUACUCCAACUACAACUACUCCAACUACCACAACAACUACUCCAACUACCACUCCACACCAAACCCCAACUACCACUACCACAACUCCAACUACCACAACAACUACUCCAACUACAACUACUCCAAUUACCACAACA